ACCGGUAGCGUGUAUCUACGGUACCGGUGGAUAUUAGUUAAAAUAAAAUGUCGUACACUAAAUUCAGUUUUUCAUUUUAUAUCACGCACUGUUGCUUAUUUUUGAGUCUUGUAAAUGCAAGUGCUCAGAUAUCAUUAAAAAAUACUUUCGUGGAACAACUUACUGAAGAAAACUGGGAUCGUAUGCUAAUCGGAGAAUGGAUGGUGGUAUUUUAUGCACCAUGGUGUCCUGCUUGUAAAGCAUUGGAACCAGUUUGGGAACAUCUUGCUUCACAAAAGAAGGAUCUAAAUAUCAAUGUAGGAAAAGUUGACGUAACUGAUUCUCCAGGACUUAGUGGGAGAUUUAUGGUUACAGCUUUACCAACAAUAUAUCACGUUAAGGAUGGCAUAUUUAGACAGUAUAAGAGUCCUAGGGAUAAAGAUUCAUUAAUUGAAUUUGUAUCCGAAAAUACUUGGGAAAUGAUUGAACCAAUUCCUAGUUGGAAGAGUCCAGCUUCGGUUCAAAUGUCUGUUAUUAGUAAAUUUUUUAAACUAUCACAAGUGUUGCGGGGAAUACAUAAUAGACUCAUGGAAGAUUUUGGAUUACCUACAUGGGCAUGUUAUUUGAUUUUUGCCAUUGUUACUAUUGUUGUAGGUGCAACAUUGGGAUUGUUUGUUGUUUGCUUGAUCGAUUGUAUAUAUCCACCAAAACCUGUGAUGCUUCAAGAUAAAAUGAAAGAAAAGGAAGGAUCAGGUGGGUUUAUGCAAGAAAAAAGUAUACAAGAUGAAGAAAUUGUUGAACAUGUUAAGGAUGACUUAGUAGAUGAAGAAUCUGAACAAGAUGAAUCAGAAGGAGAAGAAAAAGAAAAAGAUGCAGAUGAAGAUUCUAAAACUGAACCAAGUAGUCCAAAUGUUCGUAAACGUAAGCCACGAAAAGCUGAUUACUAUAGUAAAUCACUAUCUAUAUUACAUAGAACAAUAAUGGCUAAAGCAAAUAUGGUUAAAAAUAUUAAAAAACGAUCAAUAAGCGAGGCUGAAGCAAUCUUACAGAAAACUGAGGUAUUAGGAAAUUUGAAAAAAGAUGUUAAAAAAAUGAGAACAGUGAAUGGAACUACACAAAAAGAACAAACAAAUAAACAGGUUAAAAAGGAUGCAGAAAAAAAAUUUAAAAAUCAGAAGAAGAAAGAUAAUGAUUCAAAAGCUGUUCAAAGUUUUAUUAAGAAAGAAACAAUUGAUGUUAGUCCACAAAAAAAUAAAAAGGAAAUAUUAAAAGAAGGAGAAAAGUUGAAAUUGUUAAGAACGAGACAAGAAUAUCGUAAAAAACGUAAAGUGAAUAGGCGUUUAAAACGUUAUGGAGUAGCACUUAAUUUAACUGUUGAUCAAAUAAAAGAAAAAGUUCAAUUAUUAGAAGGUCGAGAAAAACUCACAAAAACUGCUAAGCGAAAAUUAGGAGCACUUAAAAAAAAGUUAAGAGUAAAUGAAGGAAUUGAUAAGCCAAAACAAAUUACAAAAAAACAGGUGGGGAAAGUAAUAAAUGAAAUAUCAUUAGAAGGUAGAAAGAAAAGACAAAUACAAAAUGAUGAACAAAAAAAAAUAUUGCAAGGGAAACUAGAAACUAAAUUAAAUAAGGAAAAUAAAAAAAAGGAUGUUAAACAGAAUAAGAUUUUACUCUCAAAACAAAAAAAUGAAGACGAUGGUGGUGAUAAAGAAGUUGAGAUGGAUAAUGAAGUAAGUGAAGAUGGAGAUGAAAGUACUGUAAAAGUCAAAGUAGAAAAAGUUGACGACGACGAUGAUGAUGACGACGACGGCGACGAUGACGAUGAAGACGACGACGACGAUGAUGAUGACGACAAUGACGACGAUGACGACGACGACGACGACGACGACGAUGACGAUGAAGAC